AUGCGGGAGGUGAACUUCAACAUUCCCAAUGUUAACAAAGCCUCUGUCAAUAUUACUACAACCCUAUAUGACCGGCGGGCCCUCGAUUGCACAUCAACCUUACCCCUCAUAAACUCUCUCAAUCAUCUUGCAUAUCUCACUACAUCCUCUGCCCGUAUUCGCGAUAUUCUCACCGUCGAUGGCGGCAUUGAAAGACUUGUGUGCAUCCUCAAAGAAGGCCGGAGCAGGGAUCUCAUGGAGAUGUGGAAGUGGAGUCUGGCCUUUCAAUGUGUUGUGAAUAUCGGAGUGAGAGGUUCGGAAAGUGUGAGAACAAGGGUUGUCGAGGCCGAUAUGGUGCCGGUAAUUGCAACGAUCCUGGAUAACUACAUCAAGGUUGUCGACAAGGCACGAGCCCGGGCCGAUUCCGAGUCUCAAAGACAGUCAUCCAGACAUCAUUCGAAAGCUGUGCCAACAUCAAAUGAUGUAUCUGGACGUCCGUCCUUCCUGGAACAGCCAUUGACAGCUGAACAGCGUACCUCUCGUCGCCACGCCCCCCCUAGUAUCGAAAUCCCACCCCAACCUUUCUUCCAGGAAAACCAUGUCGCUGAUUCGAACGUGCUGGAUGUUACCUCUCCGUCUCGAGUGCCGAUGACCUCACCGCCUGAGAGAAGCGCUUUCGGACAAGAUGUACACCACCGUAGAACAAAUGACGGCCGCUUUGCACAUGGCAACCACCGACACAGAAUGCAGCCUUUGGCCACAGCAUUGCCUUCAAUGGAUGCUACUGAUGGCUUCGGUCUGCGGCCCGUGCGUGAUAAUGAGCGGUUACCAAGCAUGCUUCCUGGCUUCCACACCGGACUCACUUCUCAGCCAGAUUCUCCGACAACCCCCAAUGCUCCUGUACAGCCUCGAAGCAGCGCACAGGCUACAAUUGCGAGGCAACGUCCGUCGUUGAGACAGCAGCAGUCAGCAUCGGGCGAAUCCGAUGAUGGAAACGGAGACGGUUCUACGAUGGAUGAAGAUCCUGCUUCCACAGAGGCAGCUGAGCCUAUCGUUGGACUGCAGAAUAGAAUGGACAUCGAUGACGUCGGCGACAGAGACACGAUACUAGGCGGCGUUUCUGAUUCACACGAUCUCACAGUAACAGAUCCAUCCGAAGAGCAGGAAGCCGAGACCUUCAACAUCACACACCGUUCCACAGUGGACGGCAGCAUGAUCAAUACCGACAACGCCCAAAAUAAUGCCGCUCUGGGGUUAUCCCCUACCCAGGCAGCUGAUAACGCCAACUCCCCUGCUCUUGUCCCUAGCCCUUACUCACUAUACUUUCGCGAUCGAACAACCACAGCCGCUCAUGGUGUUUUGACAACUAUGCCCAGAGACGAGGACGUUCUCAUGUCCCUCCAACUUUUGGCUUAUGUCUCCAAGUACUGCAACCUCCGGUCCUACUUCCAGCACUCUCAUUUCGUCCCGAAACUCAAGAUUGAUCGCGAACUUCAAAUGCUAGAGGAAGGAACAUCUCCAAUUGAGUUUCCUGAAGAUGAGGACGAGUAUCUGCUUCCUGAUGAUGUCAACAUCUUCCCUCUAGUUGAGAAAUUUACCGUCCGUCACCACUCAAAAGACAUGCAGUACUGGGCUUGCGUGGUCAUGCGGAAUCUUUGUCGUAAGGACGAAUCUAGAGGAGGUAUCAGGCAAUGUGCAUACUACAAGUGCGGAAAGUGGGAGGAGUUUCAGCGUCAAUUCGCAAAGUGCCGCCGUUGCCGCCGCACCAAAUAUUGCAGCAAAGAUUGUCAAAAAGCAGCGUGGGUUUAUCAUCGUCAUUGGUGCCACACCACGCCCUGA